GCAGGUGCAGCGUCGUUUGUACCGAGCAACACGAUGACCAAGCGCGGAGACAGGGCUACUAGCGUGUCCCGAGUUGCUUGGAUCAUUGGUAGCUACCGUCGAGUGGUCCAUCUCCAGACUUGCCCCAGUUCACCACGUCGGCGCGGUUGCGGUAGUCUUGGCCGAGCAUCCACACCCACCCCGACUCGUCAACCUUGGCUCCAUGGUUCAGUUAUCGAGUCACGCAAGGUCACGAUGACCGCACUGGGUUCGGCUUUCGUUCGCUUACCUUGCAACCAUGCGACACAAAACUCAUGUUUCAAAUGAAUUUCAAAAUUGUUUUAAAUAUGAGCUUCAAGCAUUCAGUCGUUUAUUAUUCGUUUUAAAUGGAUACAUAUCUUAUUUUAUUUUAUGAAACCAUCAAGCCAUCCGUUUGGAAAGCCAACAUCGAAGAAGAUGACGACGUACUACACAUUUGCAGAGUUUCUCGAUCCGAGCGAGCGCGAUACCUACUUGACGCUGCCACAUGCAACCCAAAUCAGACGCUUUGAGGCGUAUCUGGGCUACCUGCAGUCAAAGCAGGUGCAAUUCCCGACAUCCAAGCGCGCUGCCAGUUGCUACGCCGAGGUGGUCAGCCAAGACGUACCAGACAUGGACCAAUUGACACGUCUCGUGGAAGGACGUACCCUCAGCGGCUUUGGAGUAUGUGGCACCGUCGACGGCUUUUUAGGUCAAUGCGAGCUCAGCAUGGGUGCUGCGUGGCUCGCCGACGCUAUCGGGCAUGCGUAUCGAGUCGAGAAUCCGCUGGUGCUCAACAGCCGCAGCUUCAUGUUUGGCUGGUGUCAUGCAGAAAAGCAAAAGCUCGCGCAUCUCACUCAGCACAUGCCAACGCCGCGACUGUGGCAUGCCAUUUGCAUCGUGGUGGACCGUGACAUGUGCCCAGACUGCGUCGCGUUUGCAUCGUCGUUGGCCACGUUUGAACACGACACGAUUCGAAUUCGAGAUCCAAGCUGCACGCGGCUCUUUCGACCCAACGGCCUCGUAGAUGUCGACACGUCGUGACGAUGCCAGAGGACGCUUUGCCACCAUGAUGAAUCAGUUAACGUUGAAGCAACUUGUACAUACAGUAGGUACUAUACUUGUGUAGUACCAGUAAUCAGUAUUAGUAGUUGUAAUCCAAUAAUUCAAAGUGGGAUUUACUCCUUGAGGAGGUCCAAAACGCCAUA